UAUCCUAGACACCUUCUCCUACACUCGUCCACUUUUAGAAAUUAGAUUCAUCUCGCAAUGGCACCUAUCGCAGUCCCCCCCACCAAUACUCUCCACGACGUCAUCGCUCAAGCUGUCGCCCGGUAUCCGUCGCACGAGCUCGGAUUCAUAACCUCCUCGGCACAUGACUCCUCCAUUCAGACGAAGACCUUCACCGUGUUCAACCAAUAUGUUCGCAACCUUGCACGCGCCAUGCUAGAGUGGGGAAAGCCCACAGGUUCAGUAGUCGUCGUGUACCUGACGGAGCACGAAGACAACAUGGCUGCUGUCUGGGCGUGUCUUCUGGCUGGCUAUGUGCCCUGCUUGCAGCCCGCACUCAGCGCACAACAGGCGCACAAGGAGGGUCAUGUUGCCCACAUCAAGAACUUGUUUGGGUCUGCUACUUGGCUGACCAGCGAGCUUGGAGCUGAGCAGAUCACGUCCAUUUCUGGCCUGGAUGUGCACCUACUCUCGGAAUUAAAAUCAUCGGCGGAGCAAUUUACGGUCGCAGCUGACUGGGUUGCAUAUGAGGCCAAGCCAGAUGACGAAGCAAUCCUGUUCCUGACCUCAGGGUCGACUGGGUUCUCGAAGGCAGUCGUGCACACUCACCGUACCAUCCUGGCCGCAUGCCGAGCCAAGGGUGACAGUUACGGUUUGACUUCUGAAUCUCAAAUCUUGAACUGGGUCGGAUUCGACCACGUCGCGGGAUCGUUGGAAAUGCACAUCACACCUAUGCUAUUCGGCGCUUCGCAGCUCCACGUGCAUGCAUCUGCUAUCCUCGCAGAUCCUCUCCGGUUGCUCCGUCUGAUCGACGAAAAGUCGAUUGAACUGGCUUUCGCCCCGAACUUCCUGUUCUCCAAGCUCACGCGUGAUCUGGAGAAGAGAACCGACCUCUUCGGAAGCUUCAACCUGUCCUCAAUCAAGCGAUUCAACAGCGGAGGUGAAGCCGUCGUUUCCAAGACCGCGAAGGCGUUUGCUGCUACGAUGAAACAGCUCAGUAGGAACCCCUCCGCAGUGUCGUUCACCAUCUCUCCAGGAUUUGGAAUGACAGAAACUUGUGCUGGAUGUAUCUACCACCCCGUGGAUGUCCUCGCGACCGAGCCUGCUCACGAGUUCCUCGAACUCGGUCGUCCCAUCAAUGGUUGCGAGAUGCGCAUCGUUGACCCCGCGGAUGGAGCCACUCUGCGCCCCGACGGGGAGAGCGGCGAGCUUCAGGUCCGGGGACCGAUGGUCUUCGUACGGUACUACAACAAUGCCGAGGCUACGUCCUCUAGCUUCGUGGAGGGCGGCUGGUACCGCACCGGCGAUGUUGGCAUCAUCGAGAAUGGUGUGAUGCGCCUGAGCGGUCGUAUCAAGGACACCGUCAUCGUCCAUGGUGUCUCAUACGGUAUCCCCGAGCUCGAGACACACCUCCAGACCGUUGAAGGGGUCACGCACUCGUUCCUCGGUGCAGCUCCGUACCGUGCUCCUGGCCAGGAGACGGAAGGAUUCAUCAUUUUCUACUCGCCAACAUUCGACCUCGAAGGAGCAGAUGCCUCCACGAAGCUCUUUGCCACGCACAGGGCCCUACGUGAUAUAUGUGUGAAGAUGAUCACCCUGCCCCCUCAAAUCAUCAUUCCCAUCCCUGUGAACCAGAUGGAGAAGACGACUCUCGGGAAACUGUCUCGUGCGCGUCUGAUCAGUCUCUUCAAGCAAGGUCAGCUUGCUCAGCACAUCGCGCGGUCUGAGGAGCUUCUCAGCGAGGCUCGAGGCGCUACCUUCGUUGCCCCGUCGAGCGAGACGGAAAAGGCGCUUGCGAAAAUAUAUGCAGGCAUCUUCAAUCUCGCGGAAAGCGAGAUGUCUGCAAGCGACAACUUCUUCGAACUCGGUGGUACCUCCAUUGAUGUCAUCAGGCUCAAGCGCGAGGGAGAGGCACACUUCGACCUACCUGAGAUCCCAACCAUCCAGAUCCUCAAGCACCCCGUUGUCUCGAGCCUGGCCAACUAUGUGAACGCCUUGCUCUCCAAGGACAACCAGACCGAGGAGUACGACCCCAUCGUUCCCCUCCAGCUGACCGGAAACAAGACACCGAUCUUCUUCGUCCACCCCGGUGUCGGAGAGGUUCUCAUCUUUGUGAACCUCGCGAAAUACUUCCAAAAUGAACGUCCGUUCUACGCGCUCCGUGCUCGUGGCUUCGAGCCCGGCCACCCCUUCUUCACCUCCAUGGACGAGAUGGUUUCAUGCUAUGCCGCAGCAGUCAAGAGGACUCAGGCGACGGGACCAUACGCCAUCGCAGGGUACAGUUAUGGCGGUGUUGUCGCAUUUGAAGUCGCCAAGAGGCUCGAGGCCAUGGGUGACGAAGUCAAGUUCACCGGUCUCAUCAACAUUCCUCCUCAUAUCGCCGACCGCAUGCACGAGAUCGACUGGACAGGCGGCAUGCUCAACUUGUCGUACUUCCUGGGUCUUGUGUCGAAGCACGACGCCAAUGAUCUUGCACCUGCUCUGAGGCCUAUGACGAGGAAGGAGCAGCUCGAGGUGGUGUGGAAGUUGUCUCCCCCUGACCGUCUGGUCGAGCUGCAGUUGACUCCCGGGAAGCUCGACCACUGGGUUGACAUUGCCGGGUCUCUGAUUGAAUGUGGAAAGGACUACAACCCAUCAGGCUCAGUUUCCGCAGUGGAUGUUUUCUAUGCUAUCCCCCUUCGCGGCAGCAAGUCUGACUGGCUCAACAACCAGCUGAAGCCAUGGUCUGGCUUCAGCCGCGGCGAGCCAUCAUAUACUGAUGUACCUGGGCAACACUACACGCUGAUGGACUUUGACCACGUUCCGCAGUUCCAGAAGAUCUUCCGCGGUCGUCUCGAGGCUCGCGGCCUGUAAAAAGUUGGAGCGGCAUAUUGUUAUUUUACCUGUCUUUCGUGGAUGAUUUGCAAGUAUCUAUACUCGGAGCGCGCGUGUUUUAUACUUACUUCUCUGGACUAAUUGCGUCGACAUGCAUAUACAUGUACUUAGAUUAUUAUUGUCUUAUGACACAAGCACAUUAGAAUGGAUUUCUUACAUGUUCA